AUGAAUGAAGAAACAGGGAAUUUCCUCAAUAUCAUUGCAUGUAGUGGAGCAUUUGCAUUGCUAGCAGUUUGGUUGUUGAUGCCAAGCCUUAAUAUCCCAGCAGACAAACAAUCUUAUGCAAUGAAUGUUAAUGCUGCACAGAGGCCAAAAAAUAUGUACAAGCAAUAUAUUGAAAUCUUUCUCGAUGAAAUCUUUAAUUUCGUUUUCUUGUUCGAGAAGGAAAAAUGUCGAAAAAUAGCAUAA